UGCAAAUAGAUAUUGAUACGUAAACAGGUUUCACCAUAGCUGACAAGAACACAUGGCUCAGGUUGCAUUCAAAACGUGUGACAUUUGCGCUAGUGCUCCAGAAAGACAUUUUUGUAUCGACUGUGAACAAUGUUUUUGUGAAAAUUGUAAAGGCUUACAUACAAGACAAAAAACAACACGUCAUCAUGAAUUUCAAGAAAGUUCUCAGAUGAAGAUAAUAGUGAACAAUAAAUGCGAGGAACAUGGUGAAGAUUAUAUUUUUAUUUGUGAGACAUGUAAUGUCCCUGUUUGUAGUCGGUGUAUGGUUGGAAACCACAAUAGACACAGAGUUUCCAAUAUCCGCGAAAAAUUUGCUGCGUCUAGUAGUAUUGUCAAAGAUGAAAUAGCAGAAAAACUGCAAGAAGAUACUAGGAUCUUAAAUGAACUUGAAAAAGGGAUCGAUACCUAUGACUGUCAGGUUAAAUCUGUCAUCAAUGGAAUAAAGGAAGACGAAAUAAAGAUCAAACAAGUGAUAGAUGAUAUAGUCAAGAAAAUGAUUGACGAUGUGACAAUGAAGACCACUUGUGAAAAAGAUAUUCUGGUGAAUCUCGUUGCAGCUACAAAAUCAAGAAUAGAGACCGCAACGGCGUUAGAAGACAGACGGAAACAUUUAGAUACGGAAAGAAAAAAUGUGGCCGUCAUUUUUGACAUGAAAACUUUGCAUCAGGAUAUUUCAAAGAUACAAAUUGGAGUUCCUCCAUCUUUUCCGUCAAUAGAGUACAAACAAAAUGUGGCCCCUAGAAUUAACUUUCUCAGUUGUUUUGGAACUUACGCUUCAAAACCUCCAAAAUAUAAAGAAUCACCCGAAAGAUAUGAGAAAAGAACAGACAAAAAUGGCAGAUCGUACAUAGUAGACCACCAUACAAGAACUACAUCAUGGGAUUUGUCGAAAAGAUUGGAAACCAAAACUACAUUGACAGACCCACGAAAAAAAUUUGCAAUAUGCAAUGUUUAUGUUUCAAAAUAAUAAGUUACACCUUUCUAACAUUCAGACAUACGUGUGCAAAUUCAUGAGACUUAACAUUUAACUGUGUGUAUAUAUGUGCAUGUAUGUUUCUGUCUCUUUUAUAUAUGUUCAUGUAUGUUUCUGUCUUUUUUCAUAUAUGUUCAUGUAUGUUUUUGUCUCUUUUUUAUCUGUUCAUGUAUGUUUCUGUCUCUUUGGAAAGGAACAUAGUUGAUGUCACACGUUAAGAUAAAACCAGUCUACACAUGUCGUACAUUGCACGUGUUUUUCCCUUUUAUCCGUGACGCUUAAAUGCAUAGUUUACUUUAGGUGUAUUAUGUACUGUGAUUGGUAUAUUUUUUACACUGCUAUUUUUAUCAUAAUACUGUCUUGUUUAUUGGAAAAACACAGAUAUUAUUGCUUAAGGUAGCACCUGAAAUAUUAAUGGAAAGACAAGUACUUUUUUUUUAUUUUUGUCUUAAAAGUGUAAACUAAUCAAAAUAAACCUAGUUAGUCUGGAUUGCAAGUAUAUAUAAUGUGUAAUCUAAUGUAUGCAUGCACUUGAUUUUAAUUAUUCUAUUACUAGUAGCUGAGCCAUGGGUUCCAGAAGGAAUGCGCUGUCUACAAGUCUACAUAAUUUGUUUUCAUUUAACAACAUGUCUUUAAGAUAAUUGUUUAUUUAAAUAUUUACCAGAUUGCUUUUUGCGUUUUUUUCUGUAUAUAUAAUAUUUUGCUAACAAUAUAAUACAAUUUUUUACGAG